AUGGCCCCGUUUAUGAACGCGGCACUCGAGCGCCAGAACCCGUCGGCCAAUCGGCCGCAGGUCACCGACGCCGGGAGUUCACCAAAUUAUAAAUACCCGUUUGCUUUCUCGCGCACUACAUAUUAUAGCGGUGGUUGGGUGCGACAGGUAAACGUAAACGAUUUUGCUAUUGCAGCCACAGUGGCCGGGGUACAAAUGAAAUUGAUUAGAGGUGGUAUAAGGGAGCUGCACUUUCACGUUAGCUCCGAGUGGGCCUAUGUGAUCCAGGGCACUUGUCGUAUAACGGCCGUUGAUGAUCAAGCUAGAUUUUUUGUGGAGGAUGUGAGUGCAGGCGAUGUGUGGCUGUUUCCCGUGGGUAUACCACACUCCAUACAGGGCUUAGGCAGUGACGGGUGCUUUUUUCUAUUGGCGUUUAACGAUGGUCAGUUUGAUGAUUUACAAACGUUCCAACUCACCGAUUGGCUGCGACACGUGCCGCUAGACGUGUUGGCUAAAAACUUUCAAGUAAGACCGGAAACGUUUGACAACCUACCGCAGGACAAGCUGUAUAUAUUCGCCAGUGAACUGCCCCGACCUCUAGCCCAGGAGAAAGAGAUGGCGGCGGAGGGCACGGGUGAAGUGCCCCAAACGUACGCCUACUUCGCGUCGACCCAACCGGCGAACGCCACCCGAUGGGGCGGUACGGCUAAGAUCAUCGACAAAAACAACUUCCCGGUGACCACAAUCGCGGCGGCCAUUAUUACGCUCAAACCGGGCGCACUCCGGGAACUACACUGGCAUCCAAACGCCGACGAAUGGAACUACUGUGUGACAGGCAAAGGCCGUAUGGGUAUAUUCAACGCCGACCUGAGCGCCACUACGGUUGACAUCGAGGCCGGAGACGUGGGUUACGUACCGAAGAUAACGCCUCAUUAUGUGGAAAACACCGGUACAAACGACUUGGUGUUUUUAGAGGUGUUUCCCACCGACAUUUACCAGGGCGUAUCGCUGGCCACGUGGUUGGCGCACACCCCUACCCGACUGGUUAACGAGCACCUAAACACUGGCGAGCGAUUUUUGGCCGAUAUUCCCAAAACAAAGGCACUGAUACGACCCUGGAAUCGAACGUGGUAUCCCAGUUACAGCAUUAAUAAGCAAUCAGUGUCGCAAUUUGGAUCUGAGCAAGAUCAAAAUAAAUAG